UUAAUAUAUUAGAAAGUAAAGAGUUAUCUGAACUAGUAUCUGAAAAUUCCCAAUCAACUAUUAUUUCUGAAAUUAGUAAUGAAACAGUAGAAUUGAAACUUGAUAAAAUAUAUUUUGAAGAAUCACAAGAGUUUUAUAAUAAUAUAGAAAGAAUAUAUGAAAUCAAUAAUAAUAUAGAUAAAAUACAAGAAAUCAAUAGUGAUAUGAGUAAUAUAGGCAAUAUAGAUGACAAUAUAAGAGAUAUGGGCAAUAUAGUUGAUGAAAUGAGUGAUGUGAACAGUGAAUUAAAUUAUUUCAAUAUAAUACAAGAGAUUCAUACUGAUUUAUAUGAUUCCAAAAUUAGAAGUUGCUUCAAAACAAUACCAGUCUCAGAAAUUAUUAAAAUCAUUAAUUCAGAUGAUGAUCCUUAUAAAAAUCAACAUUACACUUCACAAGAAAAAGAAAAGUAG